UCCAGAUUUGAAAUUUCUACACAAAGAUCCCAUGGGCGCUCAAUGCCAAUAGGAACUUCUUCCUUCUUGCGUAGAAAUACUAGUAGAGUGAUCCGUUCAGGAAGGUCACACUUCUCGUCAAGCUCGCUCACUCUCUCUCCCUCUCCCUCUGUCUCUGCCUCUGCCUCUGUCAAAUCCAUGAUGAUGGGUACAAGUCUCCAAACUCAGAUGAUCCAUUUCACAUCCCUUGUAGUUCUUGUGCUCUCAAUCUUUUCAUCUGUAUCAGAAUCCAAUCAGUUUUGUGAAGCUGGAAUUGGUUAUGGCAAUUCAGAGUGCGGAGUCUCAUCUUCUUCCUCAUCGAAGAUCUUGAUAAAGGGGGGAACUGUUGUGAAUGCUCACCACCAGGAGAUAGCUGAUGUGUAUGUAGAGGAUGGGAUUAUUGCUGCUGUGAAGCCUAAUAUCAAGGUUGGUGAUGAUGUUACUGUGCUUGAUGCCACUGGAAAGUUUGUCAUGCCAGGAGGAAUUGAUCCUCACACACACCUGGCCAUGGAGUUUAUGGGUACUGAGACCAUUGAUGAUUACUUCAGUGGUCAGGCUGCUGCAUUAGCAGGGGGAACAACAAUGCACAUUGAUUUUGUUAUCCCAGUAAAGGGGAGUUUAUCUGCCGGUUUCGAAGCCUAUGUAGGAAAAGCCAAGAAGGCUUGUAUGGAUUAUGGUUUCCAUAUGGCAAUCACCAAAUGGGAUGAAACUGUAUCAAAAGAGAUGGAAAUCAUGGUUAAGGAGAAAGGUAUCAACUCCUUUAAAUUUUUCCUAGCAUACAAGGGGGCUCUUAUGGUCAAUGACGAGCUUCUAUUAGAAGGACUUAAAAAAUGCAAGUCUCUUGGUGCCUUGGCUAUGGUCCAUGCAGAAAAUGGAGAUGCUGUAUUUGAAGGACAAAAAAGAAUGAUAGAACUUGGUAUUACAGGUCCAGAGGGACACGCGCUUUCAAGGCCUGCAGUGCUUGAAGGAGAGGCAACUGCUCGAGCCAUUCGUUUGGCUGCUUUUGUAAACACACCUCUUUACAUUGUCCAUGUCAUGAGCAUUGAUGCGAUGGAAGAAAUAGCUACAGCUCGAAAAUCAGGGCAGAGGGUUAUUGGGGAGCCAGUAGUGUCAGGAUUGGUCCUCGAUGAUUCUGGGCUUUGGGAUCCUGACUUCAUCACUGCGGCUAAGUUUGUCAUGAGUCCCCCUAUUAGGGAAUUGGGACAUGGAAAGGCUCUCCAAGCUGGCCUGUCAACAGGGGUUUUGCAGCUAGUAGGAACUGAUCACUGUUCCUUCAAUUCCACACAGAAAGCUUUUGGCAUAGAUGAUUUUCGUAAAAUACCAAAUGGGGUCAACGGCAUCGAAGAGAGGAUGCAUCUAGUUUGGGAUACGAUGGUGGAAUCAGGCCAAAUAUCUAUCACUGAUUAUGUCCGAAUAACCAGCACUGAAUGUGCUAGGAUCUUUAAUAUAUAUCCAAGGAAAGGAGCAAUCCUUGUCGGAUCAGAUGCAGAUAUAAUCAUACUCAACCCAAAUUCAAGCUUUGAAAUUAGUGCCACUUCUCACCACUCUAGAUUGGACACGAAUGUCUUCGAGGGAAGAAGAGGGAAGGGAAAGGUUGAAGUAACAAUUGCCGGAGGAAGGAUUGUUUGGGAAAAUGGUCAAUUGAAGGUUGCCCCGGGUGAGGGCAAGUACGUAGAAAUGCAACCUUUCAGUUAUCUUUUUGGUGGAAUUGACAAAGCAGAUGCAAAGUACCUCUCUUCCCUCCGAGCUCCAGUGAAGCGAUUCAAAGCCACAACUUGACUUGCAGGUUCAAUUACUUUCACUAUUUAUGAUAGCUUUUCACAAACUUAUGUUUAAGGGAUUAAGUAAUGUAGAGCUUGAGUUCGUGUAAAUACAAGCUCAAAUAAUGAAAAGAAACAGGUGUUGAUAUUGUAUAUAUCCUGUUGUAAAAUAUAUAUGCAUUCAUGAUAUAGGAUUUAUGCAAUAAAUUUUGCUAUUUUGCUGA